AUGGCAUCUGCCGGGGCUCUCCCUCAGACCCUGAAGUCAAUCACUGCCACCAAAAUCAAGGAGCUGUCCAAGCAGCGAGUCCUCUUCGGCAAACGCAAGGCUGAUAUCCUUGCAGCUGCAAAUGCUGCUCCAGAUCUGCGUACCCGGGCUCGCAUCCUUCUUGACGGCCUCUCCCGCCUGAAAGGCUACCCAAAAGAUUCUCUUGACAAAGAUGACUUGGACCUGGACGUCAACUCCUCUGACGAAGGCUCUGACGAUGAUGUGGAAAUCACCUCGCCAGGCAUGGGGCAGUUGUACCAAGCUGACCACACCAACAUCCGCCGUUUCAUCGUCCAAGGCCGCUAUGACCAAUCCAUCUCGGAAUCUGCUUUGAAGGACUGGAUCGCUCGACUGGAAAAGGAUCUACGUUUUUUGGAGCUCAAGCACGAGCAUGCAUCAUUUUACAGCAAACUGGUUACCGAGUGGCUCUCACACCUCGAUGAUGUGAAGCCUGCUCCCGCUAUCGACCAGACAGACGAUGCGGCUUCUACCAAGUCUGACGCUGGCUUUGAGAAUGUGGGCCGGAGGGAGAUGCAUGAGCAGCGAGCCCAGUGGGAGUCCCUGGUCUUUACGAGUGACAACCAGGUGACUGAAGACUCCAUUAACGCUUAUCUUGACGAUUUGUUCAAAAAGACCAAGCUUUCCCGGCAGGCACUCAAGGAGCUUCGUGAGAGCGUUCAAAAGUUCGGCACCGAUCUGGCAACUAAGGGAGAGUGGCUGGACGUUGAUGAGCUUCAAUGGGUGUCUAAGGCACUCAUGAAGAGUGACCUGCUCAGUUCUGAGAAGACCACUAUCCUCAAGGAGUUCAUGCGCAACAAAGAAGUGUUGCAGGAGGUCGCAGAUGUUCUCAACAUGCGUCUCGCAUCUCUUGACAGCUGGUCUUGGGGUAGUGACGGCAUUCCGGUUGAAAUGCGCCGGCAGCUGAACGGUAAAUACCGUGUUUUCAUGGACGAGGACCUUCUUGACAGCCUCUUGUUGCAGUAUCUGGGUACCACUUGGGCUUGCCAGCUGCGUUUGGUAUUCAAAUUAUACUUCAGUUCGCGCGCAUGGGACUCGGUGCUCGAGAGCAUCCCCAAGGAGGACAUUGAGAGACGCAAAUACUUCCUUGGAAAGGGUACAAACGUUGGCGCCGCCGGCAUCAAUCAGGUUCGGAUGCGCAACUAUGGCGAUAAAUACUUUCUGAGCCAGCUGCCCAUUAACAACAGAGAAGGUGCUCGAAGCUACGAUGACAAUGCCGAAGUCAAAAAUGCGUUGGAUACUAAGCAUUCGCUUCUCCACCUCUUAAUCACCGAGUCUCUGGUCCAGAAGGACAAACAUGGCGAAUUUACCGCAAUCCGAUCCGACUAUCAGUGGUUUGGCCCGUCUUUGCCUCAUGUCACAGUCCUGACAGUUCUGAAAUACUUUGGCAUCCCAGAACUGUGGUUGAACUUCUUCAAGGUGUUCCUGGAGGCCCCACUCAAGUUUGUCCAGGACGGCCCUACUGCCUCAACCCAGAUUCGGAAGCGUGGCGUCCCCAUGAGCCACACCCUCUCGGAUGUCUUUGGAGAAUCGGUUCUGUUCUGCAUGGAUUACGCUGUCAACCAAAGUACCAAGGGCGGUAUUCUGUAUCGCCUUCACGACGACUUCUGGUUUUGGGGUGCCGAGGAGACCUGCGAGAAGGCCUGGGAGGCGAUGACCCACUAUGCUAAGAUCAUGGGUCUGCAGUUUAACGAAGAAAAGACUGGAACGGUUCGCAUGGGAAAAGCUCAGGAAAAGAGGAGUUCCGUCCUCCCAUCUGGCGAAAUUCGCUGGGGAUUCUUGGUUCUCGAUGCAGAGCAAGGCAGAUUUGUCAUCGACCAGGCACAGGUGGACCAUCAUAUCGAAGAGCUUGACCGACAGCUCUCAUCUUGCAAGUCUGUCUUUACCUGGGUACAAGCAUGGAAUGGAUACUUUGGCCGGUUCUUCACCAACAACUUUGCGAAACCUGCCAUGUGUUUCGGGCGCGACCACAUCGACAUGGCCGUUUCCACGCUGAGCCGGAUCGAGCGAACCCUCUUUAGCAAGACUUCCGACAAGAAACCUGAGAAUGGGGUCAGUGUCACCAACUACCUACGCUCCGUGAUUGCCGAGCGAUUUGACAUUCACGACCUACCCGAGGGAUUCUUCUACUACCCUGUCGAACUGGGAGGUCUUGGGCUGCUGAACCCGUACAUCCGGCUGUUGGCCAUGCGUGAAAACAUCAAGCAGACACCCCAGAGACUUCUUCAAAAGGCCGCCCUCCAUGAUGAGUCGACCUACCAAUUGGACAAGGAACGCUUUGAGAAGCAGGGCUCGGACUCUCUGAAGACUUGGAAGGACAAGAACGGCAAACCCGUUCCCUUCAUGUCGCUGGAAGAGUAUACGCUAUACCCGGAGACCUACAGCAUAAAUCUCCAGCAAGCAUACCAACAGCUGAUUGAGGUGCCGGAAGAGAAAAGUCUUCCCGCUACGGCUAGCUUCACCAAGAGCCAGAAUGGGCUCAAGGGACCUAAGGGAAAGGCGGCGAAGCCAGGCGCGAUCUCGGCGAACUGGGCUAAGAUGACUCCCUACUGGCGCUGGGUUGCGGAGUUGUAUCAUGAUGAGAUGGUGCGCACGUAUGGAAGUCUGGCGGCUGUUAAUCGGGAGUUUAUGCCCCUGGGAGUUGUCAAGACUUUGCAGGAGAGGCGUUUCAGAUGGCAGGGUUGA